CUGGAGCGCGCUAUAAAACCUGCGCCGGUGGCGCUGGGGAAGGGAGGCCACCGCCGGACCAGGGGAAAGGCGAGCAGAGCCAAUCCACAGCGUAGAAAGUCUCGUUUCCUAAAAGCGGGAGGGAAAAGCCUGAGCAUGCAGAGUGUGCAAAGCAUGAGUCUCUUUUUGCCCAAGCAGUGCCUUUGCCUGGCUUUCCUGCUCCUCCACCUCCUGGGACAGGCCGCUGCGACUCAGCGCUGCCCCAACCCGUGCCCAGCCCCGUGCCCCGAGACGCCGCCGACUUGUGCCCCCGGGGUGAGAGCCGUGCUGGACGACUGCUCUUGCUGCCUGGUGUGCGCCCGCCAGCGGGGCGACAGCUGCUCGGAAAUGGAGCCGUGCGAGGAGAGCCGCGGCCUCUUCUGCGACCGCAGAGCGGACCCCAGCGCUCGGACUGGCAUCUGCAUGGCGAUAGAAGGAGAUAACUGUGUGUUCGACGGGGUCAUUUACCAAAGCGGAGAGACCUUCCAGCCGAGCUGCAAAUACCAAUGCACCUGCCAAGAUGGGCAGAUUGGCUGUGUGCCCCGCUGUGACGAAGACCUGCUACUGCCCCAACCUGACUGCCCAGCUCCAAGGAAAGUGGAAGUGCCCGGGGAGUGCUGUGAAAAGUGGAUCUGUGACUCAAACGAGACAGAAGCGUUAGGGGACCUGCACGCCCUUCCAGCCUACAGGACAGAAGCCACUCUGGGAGUUUCUGUCUCUGAUUCAAGUAUCAACUGCAUUGAACAGACCACAGAAUGGAGUGCGUGUUCCAAGAGCUGUGGCAUGGGCUUUUCCACCCGCGUCACCAACAGGAAUCCACAGUGUGAGAUGGUGAAGCAGACUCGGCUCUGCACAGUGCGGCCCUGUGAACAAGAGCACAAGCAACCGGCAGAAAAGAAAGGAAAAAAGUGUCUCCGCACCACGAAGUCACUCAAAGCCAUCCACCUACAGUUCAAGAACUGCACCAGCCUGCAUACCUACAAGCCCAGGUACUGUGGAGUCUGCAGCGAUGGCCGAUGCUGUACCCCCCACAACACCAAAACCAUCCAGGUGGAGUUCCAGUGCUCCCCAGGGCAGAUCAUAAAGAAACCAGUGAUGGUCAUCGGCACCUGUACCUGUCACAACAACUGUCCUCAUAACAACGAGGCCUUCCUCCAAGAGGUAAAGCCUAACACCAGCCGAGGGCAAAUGUAACAUGCGUCCCUGGAGGAGCACACCUACAGAGGCCAACUGUAGCUCCUGCAGGACCCACCAUCCAAAGAACAGAAGAAAAACUAUGAGAAUUAUUAUUUCACCUGAGUCCUCUGUAUUUUCUGUGGUCAUAUGAGGUCAGUUCUAUCUGUCUUUUUUUUUUUUAAUGAAAGAUAUGAUUAACUGUAAACUUGGAAUCAAACUAAGCUCAGGAGAGUGCUUAGGGAUAACUUACUGUUCUAUAGUGUUUACUGCAAAUGAAAAUUUCUAUAAAUUUAAGAAAUCAGAUAGAGGUUUUACUGUAUAGACUGUAUCACGUUACACUCAUCUUCUUUUGGUAUACACUAAUGCAAUGUCAAAAAAAUGUCACUGUGAUGAAUUGGACACAGUGAAGUCCAGGGUCAUACCGACCAUGUCAUCAUACAAAUAUUCUACCAUCUAUUGUGGAUUGACUUGAGGGGUCUCUGUUGAACUCUUUGAGUAGCUCAGCUCUGAACUUCCAAGUCCAAGAUCUGAGGAAACAUAGCUCUUCAACUUGAAAUUCAGAGAACAUUAUUAUUUUUUUGUUUAGUUGUACACUAGGAAACGAGCUGUAUCUACAGUAAUGGAAUGUUUGUUAAUUAAGUGGACUGGUGUCAUAAACUUGCUUCAUUUCAGAUAAAUUGACUCCUUUCCAAUAGAAAGAAGCUGAACAGAAAACUCCCUCCAGUACACAGAUGAUGACGACCAAGCCCUGCCAGCCCUAAUACAUUUGUAUAUACUGUAGGCUCCUGGGGCUCACUAGGUUUUUGUUUUUUUUUUUUAAUUCAAAAGUAGAGCAUGUCAGCAGAGAUUCUGUCAUCUCACUGGUGAGUAAAUAGAGGCCCAGAGUACCUGAUUACAACUCUUGAUGACUUUCAAAUGUGCCUGUAGUAAAAAUUGAAAAAGAAGGACAAACUGACAUAGUGUGAUGGCAUAAUAACAUAAAUUUUACGGGAGUUUAGAAUUUAUUGUAAUCCUGCCCAUACGUUGUCCAAGGGCCCUAAUUAUGCACACUCACAAACAAGCCAUGUGUGUAUACAUAUGUGUAACUCAUUUGUCAGGUUAUAAGGUAGGCUGCAAACUUAAAUGUAUGAAUUCUUCUUAUGUCACCAUAUGUGUUCAACUUUUCUCCUUUAAAGUAUUUAUAUAAAUAUAAAUUAUACAUUUUUUAAAUAGUCUUUUUACUUUCUCUACUUGUCAGACAUCACUCAAUAAACAUGAUCUUAUCAA